UCUCUUAGGGCCACUUUUCCCACUUCGGCGUCUCUCCUGCAAACUGCGCGUUCACGCGCUUCUCAGGCCAGCCCAGUAUCCCGGGCGCUCGCUCCCGCGCCAGGCUGGUGGAAAAAACUGCAGCGGCUGUUGCUGGAGCCACGCAGAGAGGAGCGGUGUGGGAGAAAUCACGGGCACUGGCAAGAGUUGAGCGGCACACACUCACACAGUCGCACAACACAGGCAGAUUUUGUCGUUAUUCCUGCCGAGGGCGACGCUGUCAGAAGCGGGGUUCAUGGCUGCCAAGAAGUGAUAGUAUCGACGAGGAGCUCUUCGCCGUUCAAAAAAGGAAAAUUGCUUCCAGACGACCUUUGCCUUUUUCUGAAACACCACUGCUUUUGUCAGCCUCAGAAUACUUCAGCCCACGCGGAGCCACAUAGCUGGGCAGUCGUCUGCUCAUCCACUGACCGGAUAAACACCACUGCUUUGUUCCAGCAGUAGCUGUUCUCUGCUUCACCAACUGGGACUCCAUGGCUGGCAGUGGUGCUGCUUGAUUCAUUGCACUGUCUGAGGUCCUCCACGUUUGAAUUGUUUCAAUCAUUAUUCAUCUACAGAUACUCACUGUAGUUUGGAGCUUCAUGGAGGGAUUUCCUGUCCACUGACCUAAAGGGCUGACUUACUGGACCCGCAGCCAUGUCGGCCUGCAGCACCUUCACAGAGCACGUGUGGAAACCAGGCGAGUGCAAGAACUGCUUUAAACCAAAGAGUUUGCACUGUCUAGCUCAGAGUAGUGGAGGGAAGCCUCCUUCUGAGCAAAGACCUCAAACAUCCCAGCAACAGAACCUUCCAGCUGCUGGUGCCAGAGCCAAUCCUAACCAUACCACCACCAACUCCCAGCGGACUGGCAGUGGAUCUGCUCGCUCAGGACACUUCCGUCCACCUGUGGCCAAGAAGCCAACCAUCGCUGUUAAGCCCACUAUGAUGCUGCCCUGCUCCUCUGCAGGACUUGAUUCAGAUGGCAAUCUCCAGCAACCACCAAAGGUAAUAGAGCAGGGGAAAACAUCAGCCUUCACAGUCUGGAAUCGCAAUGGACUGAACCGCAAAAGACCUGGUGGGCCCAGCAACAACAAUGAAGGAGAGGAUGACAAUGAUGAGAUUGAGGGUUAUGGACCACUUAGCCCAAGGACACCUAGUGGAAAUAACAACAACAGUGGAUUGACAGAUGUACUUAAAGAGAUUGCUGGGUUGGGCCCUGGUUCUAGUCCCACGCAACUUUCUGGCUCAAAGGACUUGUUUUGGGGUCGGAUCAGUAGUUCAUACCGACGAUCCUUAGAAAGAGGCAUACCAGCUUCAAGCUGUCUGGCUAUGGGAAGUAGUAGUGGUGGUGGUGGUGGAGUUGGGAGCACUGCUCAAAAACGGGUAUCCCUGAGCGAUAGUACCAAGAUCAUCAGCACAGAAGGUGGUCGCUUUUGUUAUCCGGACUUUACAAGUGAAAGUGAAGAUGAGGAGGAUGAAGAUGAUGAUGAUGAGGAAGACACUGAAAGGGAUGAUGAUGAAGAGCAUGAGAGCUGGGAUGAAAGCGAUGAAGAGUUGGUAGCCAUGGAAAUCCGUAUGCGAGGACAACCACGAUUUGCUAAUUUCCGUGCUGCCACAUUGUCUCCCGUUCCCUUUGCUGCGGGGAAAAAGUGGAAUACUGUGCCGCUUCGCAACCGCUCACUACAGCGAAUUUGUGCGGUGGACUAUGAUGAUAGCUAUGAUGAGAUCUUAAAUGGCUAUCCUUCUGUGGAUUCCAAUGGAGGGCUGAUUUCCUACGGACCUCACGAUAUGCUAGGCAGCGGCUUCCUGUCAAAUUCUGAGUCUGCCACUUCUCCUGAAUCAUCGUCAUCAAUACCGGAGGAUUCUCGAACAACAUCCAGCAGUGGUAGCAGCGCUAACUGUGUCCUUCGAAAUGGCUUGCAUUCUCCCACAUUUUGUAAGCCACCUAUCACCUGCACUUCUCCUCCUAAGAAGGAAUCUGUCAACAGGGCACUGAGUCCACUAAAGGUAGCUGAAACACACAAGGCUGUCCUGGCUAUCAGAUUAGAGGAUCAGGAUGGCAGAGAAGGGAUGCCAAUGCCCCAAGCGCUUCCUGGUCAGCCAGUCACUAUAAGUUUUAGUCCCACAGAGGAGCAAGCUAAACCAUACCGUGUAGUAAAUUUGGAAAAGUCAUUGAUCUGUAAGCCUUACACUGUAGUAGAUGUCUCAGCAUCCAUGGCCAAUAAAGAUGAACAGAUUCCAGAUUCUCAAAAACCCAAAAACCAAUCGAUGCCUUCAAGCCCUACGACAUCUAGUAGCACUCCUUCAGCCCAGGCCGUAGCUCCAAUGUCCCCAAUAUCUGUGUCUUCUCCUGUGAUGCCAACAUCACCUACUUCUUUUGCUCUGUCAGGUUUAUCCCAAAAGAAGAUUAGCAGCAUACGUUACCAAGAAGUGUGGACAUCAAGCACAAGCCCUCGCCAAAAAAUACCUAAAAUAGAUUCAGGGGUUGGGAAUAAUCCUGUCCCUGCCCUAACCACUCAGCACUGCAGCCACAAGUCAGCUCCCACUUCUCCCAUUGCUGGGCUAUCUUCUUCUCGAACUGUACCUGUGAAAUCCCCCAAUUUAUCAGAGAUCAAAUUUAACAGUUUCAAUAAUGCAGGCAUGCCUCCUUUUCCCAUUAUUAUCCGAGAUGAGCCUGCUUAUGCCCGCAGUGCCAAGAAUGCUGUCAAGGUACCUAUUGUUAUUAAUCCAAGUGCAUAUGAUAACCUAGCUGUGUAUAAGAGCUUUCUGGGACUCAGUGGGGAGCUACCACAGACAAAAGGGAUGGGUAAUAGGGUAGCCAGCCAUACUUAUGAAGAGAUUGGAUCAUCUGAGAGUGUCCAGUCCGCCUCAACAGAGAAAACUCUCUCUGGUAGAGGAACAUCAGAGCGAGCCUCCUUUGAAGAGACAAAGGUUCCACUUGAAGCAGUGUCAAAAGCACCAAAUCUACAACCUAGAACCACUACAGACUCUUGCACUGUGACAAGCACUGUAAUGGGCUCGACAAGUGGGGCAUUCUCACCCACUAUAUCAACAAAUUCUCCCGCCAAUCCUGCCAUUACUGCAAAUGCAAAUGUACCUGCAGCCAGCACUACUGCCAGUAUUGUUACACACACUUAUAAGACAGGUGGAGAUGCUGCUUGCAAUAAAGAUGAUAAUACAAGCUUAGCUUUAUCUUCUGGGACAGCUGUAAGCCAUAGGGAGGAAGCCAGUGCUGUGUUUUCACAGAUUGUGGCCUCCAUCCAGCCUCCUCAAUCUCCUCCGGAGUCCCCAUCAGCACAAACCAAAUCUUUUAAUUCCGAGGAGCUAUAUGCCCUCCCACCUGAUGCCAUUAAGGAGACCCUUCUUCGGCCCAAGUCUCUCUUUUCCCCAACUGAUGGCUGUCUUUCCAAGUCAAAGAAAGACACACCCUCAAAAGUUUUGUCUAAGUCUCAGAGUGCCUCUGCUGCUGCCCCACUCUCAAGCCCCCAGCCUGAGCCCACUGCCCCCUUCCCUCCUCCAAGAUCUACAUCCUCUCCUUAUCAUGCUUCUAACAUACUCCAGAGACAUUUUGGAAACUGGACCAAGAGCUCUGCCUCCAGUUCACCAGUGCGACCUGGCGAAGGUGAAGCGAGUCCUGGAGGGGAAGGGAGACGUAGUUUAGCAGAAAGCUCCAAACCUAAACGCUGGAUCUCCUUCAAGAGCUUUUUUCGUAGGCGGAAAGACGAGGAUGAGCAGAGGGAGAAGCUGGAGAGAGAGAAGGAGAAGGGCAAGCUUGUCGGGCUUGAUGGAACUGUCAUUCACAUGCUUCCACCACCACCAGCUCAAAAUCAGCACUGGUUCACUGAGGCAAAAGCAGAAGAUCCCACCCAGAAACCAACCAUUAUCUUCACCUAUAAACCAGACACUGGCAGUAGCCACGGCGAUGAAGGAGAACUACGGGUAGAGGAGUGCAGAGAAACUACAAUACUGAAACCUGACGGAAACAAAGAUCCUAGGCCUUUGAGUCCAGGCAAAACAACAUCCUCACCCAAGGCUGGAGGAGAAAAUUGCAAGGAUUUAAGCCAGGUACCAGUCGGUGCCAGCGCCAGGGAUCGGGAGCUGCCCAGCGCCACCUCCUUGCCUGCCAAAGUGAAUCUGGGGCUGGUGCUUGGGGAGGCCGCGGAGGGCCAUGCCAACCAGGUUGCUAGUACAGCCGCGGCCAGUGAGGGCAACGCCAGCCUGGGAGAGCCUGAGGACGACGGGAUUCACUCUCAUUAUUCUCACUCUCCUGCCUCCAGCCAGUGCAGUGCCACCUACAGCAAUCUGGGUAAAUCUCGAGCCAGCAUGAUUCCACUUAAACAGCCAAGAAACAUGAAAGCAUCCAAUGACACACUGGCCUCCAUCGAAAUCGAAGGCCUCGCUGAGCAGCUAGCCCCUAAAGCUACACCACCGCCAUUACCCAAAAAAGCAGUUCCUCGUUCCAGUACUGAACCCAUCCUGGGAGGCAAAGAGCCAGUGGGAGGCCUCAGGCCUCGAGCUGAAGCUAAACCGGGGGGCACCAACCUUAGUGUAGCCAACCCUCUUUAUGACUUGGACUCCACCUGGGAAACAGCUAGUCAGAGCUCCUCUCUGAGCUCCGAACCACAUCGAGGCCACGACCAUGAGAGCGGUGACUCCUUAGAGAGGUCAUCAGCUGCCACAGCUACCAACAAGGCCCGCAUGACCAAUAGCGUGUCCUCUCUGGUCCCUCAGCCUUCACCUGCUGCAUCCAGCGCAACCCCCGGCAAAGAGAAGAGAGUCUACCCAAGUUCAGAAUCCCUGGCUGGAAGGGGUCGGACAGCGGGUCGCGGAGCUGCCGGAGGCGGUGCAGCCUCCAAACCCCAGAGACCUGCUCUUUACAGGGGGUUGGACAGCUGGGAUGAGGUGGUGGGGAGGAUCCGCGGGCUCCACACAGACACUCUACGGAAACUGGCAGCAAAAUGCGAGGACCGUUUCAUGGCUGGCCAGAAAGAUCAUUUGAGGUUUGGCACUGAAAGCUGGUCCCACUUCAGGCUGACCACUGGGAAACCCUGCUGUGAGGCGGGGGACGCCGUUUACUACACUGCAUCUUAUGCCAAGGACCCACUGGUCAAUUAUGCCAUCAAGAUCUGUCGGAGCCAGGUGAAGGAGACCCAGCAGCAGUUUUUCCACAGCCUCGCAGUGAGGCAGAGCCUGCCAGUGCACUUCAACAUCCAGCAGGACUGUGGCCACUUCCUGGCUGAUGUUCCUGCCCGCCUGCUGCCCUGGGAAGAGGAAGAAGAGGAGGAAGAAGCAGAUAAGGAGGAAGGGGGGCCGACAGUAAAGGACAAAGAGGCUAAGAUGGCAGAUUCAAAAUCGCCUUCUCCAAAUGGGAAGCUAGAUGAAGUCCCGGCUGCGGGUCACAUGAACACAGCUGGCCGCUUGAGGAGCCGAGUGGUGGUGAUCACACGUGAGGUGCCCUUCCAGACAGUGGCUGACUUUGUCAGAGAAGGCAUGAGCCGGCACACUCAAAACCCGGAGCUGUAUGAGCGUCAGGUCUGUCUGCUGCUGCUGCAGCUUUGCUCCGGGCUAGAGCACAUGAAACCUUUCCACGUGACCCACUGUGACCUGCGACUCGAAAACCUGCUGCUGGUCCAAUGCCAGCCUGGCAACCCCUGGAAUCUGGACUUACUGGAGCCCAACAAUAACAGCAACGGCAGCAGCUCGGGGGCAAGCGCUGCAGCCACCGCUGCCGCCAACUCCACCUGCCCCGCACGCCUCAUCAUCAGCAACUUCUCCCAAGCGAAACAAAAGACCACUCUCAUGGCCACUGACCCCGGCACGCUGCGCGACCAGUCGAGGCUGGCACCCGAAAUCAUCACAGCCACCCAGUACCGCAAGUGUGAUGAGUUCCAGACUGGGAUUCUGAUCUAUGAGAUGCUGCACAGACCCAACCCCUUUGAGGAGACGCCGGAGUUGAAGGAGCGGGAGUACACCUGGGCCGACCUUCCACCGCUGCCCGUGAGAUCGCUUUACUCACAGGGGCUGCAGCAGCUGGCGCGCUUGCUGCUCACCGUUAACCCCUCCGAAAGAAUCCGGAUGGCCGAGGCGCGGGCCUGCCUCCAGUGCCUCCUCUGGGGACCUCGGGAGGACUUGUUUCAGGCGCUGGGCUGCAGCAGCACCGGGCCUAUGUCCGGGGCCACUUCGGGCCAACGCGAGGCCACCCUGCAGAACUGGCUGGACCUCAAGCGGACACUGAUGAUGAUCAAGUUCGCAGAGCGCUCGCUGGACAACGCCUGUGGCGUGAGCCUGGAGGACUGGCUGUGCUGCCAGUACCUGGCGUUCGCCACCACAGAGACCCUCGGCCGGGUGGUGCACAUCCUGCAACAGCCCCAACAGCAUCCCCCAUCUCCGAAUGAGAACCAGCCAGUGCACCCAGCACAGAACCAAACUCAAAUACAUCCAGCACACACCUUUCACUUGACUCCUUCGCAGCCACUCUGAGUUUCUCUGCCCAACUGUUACUAUGGCAACAGAGCCAACAUAUCCCCCCUGUGUGGUCCCUCUGCUGAUGUUAAAAGUGUGAUGUAAGCUAAUAGUCAGCUCCACAGUGCUCACCUAAAACAAAACAGCUGCUUGUGCUGUGUCUGUGUUUUCUUCUUGGACUGAAUCGGCCGUGCUAAUUGAAAUCAUUUUGGCUCUCGUCAUCAAUGCCCCGCGUCUUCACAUAUCAUGAGUUUAUCACUCCACCAGUACUAAACUGAGGAUUUUACCAAACGUGUGAGGAAUUAUUUUAAGAUUUUGUGUUUCUGAGACAAGUCUCCAGACUUGGAGAGUUGUGAGUACUCAGUGUUAAAUAUCAUUUUCACGCCAUCUGUCUACAGGGUUUGAGGGAGUGUGAAAUGAAAUAACUAAGCUUCUACGGUGAUGCAUAUUGAUAUUCUGCAAGUUUUGUCUGACAUCUAAAGGGACACCACGGUCAGAAUUUAGAAAGGAAACUGAGAAUUUGGAGUUUCAUCCCAAUAAUUUGACUCUUUUUUUUUUUACGCAGUGUUGUAUUAUAAGCAAGUUUUAUUUGAAUCAGAAAAAAGGGGAGUGUAGGGAGGAUUUGAAAUGAAGGGAGUGGAGGAAAAACAAGCUUUUGCCAGACAUGAGGACAUGGCUGAACAUUGAAUUUAAUAUAUUUUAGUCUUGACAUUUGCACAGCUGAGACUUCUUCAUUUACUCAUUGUGCUUUUAGAAAUUCAAAAGCCAGUAUGAAGUUGAAAUUAACAAAAAAAAUUAAAACAUAAAUAAUUAUCAAAACACAUUUCUGCACAGAGCUUUGUAGAGGUGGGUGACGAACACUGAGCUAAACUUGGCUUUUCAUUUGAUGUUUUUACGCUUUGAAGUUGGAAAAGGCUCGACCGCCCUGGCUGCUGGUUUGGGUUCUUGUUGGCGUAUGUGCAAUUAAUACCUGUCUUUUAUUUCUUUUUGAGGUAACAGCAUUAUGCAGUCUUUUACUAAUACUCUCUUCCUUUGUUUUUGUUUUGUGGCACAUAAACUGAUCAGUUUCAUUUCAAUCCUGCAACUUAAGAAGCAAGGUAAAGUUCAGUGGAAAGUACUUCUUAUAGUAGAUGGGAUAUUUCAGGGACUGCAAAAAAGUUAUUCUUUGUCGAUCGUUUUAUCUUUUUGUCGAGUUGUUUUUGAACGGUUCUGCGUUACGGAUGACAUUUGCACAUUUACAUUUGGAACGCUGGUGCCCCUCGGUGGAGCCCGGAGCACACGGUGAGACUGAAUAAAGUUCCUGUGAAUCUGAGGAGCUGGAUCUGAUGUGUUUUGCAGCGUGUGGAAUGUAAACGUUUGCGUGGACUGAAACGGACAUUUGUUCUCAUCUGCUCUACAAAUGUGCUUUUUUUAGUUCAACCACUUAGUUUCAUGUAUAAAUUCUAUCUUGGAGAGAAACUAAUUACACAGCCACUGACACUUGCUUCCAUUCCUCCUAUAUUGUUUGUUUCCCCUCUUCUCUUUUCCCCCUUUGCUCUACCAGUAGGAGAGUAAAUCCUGUAUUGAUGCUUCCUGCUUGUCACUCUGAAUUAAACGAGCUCUGUGUUAUUGACUUUCCAGUCUGGAGUCAGUAAAACCAAGACAUGUACAGAAGCCUCAACCAGUAACACUUUAUAACACAGUCCAUAACUAAGAGUGUAAUUCUCCUGUAAUUUAGUGGAAUUUUAACAUAUUUUAUUUGAAACUGCAAUGUAAUUAUAUCCACAUACAAAUAUUUAAAAGGUCGUAUAAUGGAAUAACGGGGUAAAAAGUUAGAUUUUUACUGGAAACAAAGACGUAUUCAUACUGUAAGUAAUUGUAAAAACAAACAAUAUUUCUCUAUCUUACACCGUAGGUGCUCUGUACUUUUCAGGGCAUGGCCCAGUUAUGGAGUGCCCUGACCUUGCUUAAUUUCCAGAUAUUUUUACAGGACAGGAGAAACAAUUUUAGGCAAUAUGUAAUUAACUGUGAAUUUUGCAGACAAACAGUAUUUUCCUUUUCUACAUCAUAAGUAUGCUCUACUUCUCGGAGUGUAUCUGUAUUAUGGAGUGACUGAACCUCGCCUUUUCCACCCUUAUUUAAUGUUCAUUAUGUCUCCUUCGCUGUAAAAUACUUAGAAGUUGGGCGUGGUUAAGCCACUCCCAUGACCCAGAAAAUGCAGUGUACUUACAAUGUAAGAUAAUGUUUUUCUAUUAAAGUACCAAGAAAUUAUGCAGUACUUACAGUGUAAUUAUUUCUGUUUCCUAUAAAAACCUAACGUGUUACACCAUUAUUCCAGUGCACCUAUCUUGAAGUAUUUGUAUCUAAAUAUAAUUACAUUGUCAUUUCAAAUAAAUACAUUACAAUUCCAUUCAAUUACAAGGGAAGUAUGCCCUCAGUCAGCGGCUGUAUUAUAAAGUGUUACCAUUGAAUUUAAUGUGUCGAACAAAACACCCCGAAUAAUAUCUUUAUCCCAGAAUUUAAUACUUGGAGGACUGGUGCUGCAAAUUUACUUUAUUUCAGAUGUGCAAAAACUUUGUGGUCCUUGGAGCAAAAAACGAGACAAAGCAGGUUUAAAGUUUGUUACUGUGUUCAAGGGUUUGUGUACUGAGGAAUGUGUGUGGGACAGCACUGGUGGCUGUCCUUGUAUUCAGAGUUAAGCCUUUAUAUAUUAAAUAUAGUAUAAAUAUAUAUAUAUAACCUUUAUCUAUUUUAAUCCACACUAUUUUGUGGCGUACGGAGCACUUCUAUUUCUGUCACGAGAGUCUAAUAAUCAUUUUAUCUUUUAAAAGCUUUACUUGAUUUUCUUCCACCUUGCAUGUUUUGGAGGAAGAACAAGGUGAGUAGUUAUCACUGUCCUACACAAAGAAUCAAUUGUAAAAGAUCCCAAUCAUUCAGUUGCAUCCACGCAAAGAACAAUGUACAGUAUUUUUACCCCUCUUGUAAAGUUACCUGCGUAGGAGAAAAACCACUUUGGCUGAAGGAUGACUUUUGAACGCACCACUGAACCAUAAUAUUCAUCCGCCGUUUGGAAUACGGCGGACGUUGUUUUCUGUUCCUCUUUCUGCUCUGGUUUUCUCUUUUGCAUUGUUAACUGCCACUGAAUCUAAAAACGGAAGCUCUCCAGGGCUUUCUAAGUAUGUGUACAGUAUGUCUCCUGGCCUGCAGCCAUUUA